CCCGAUCCCCUUAGGAAGCUGCCCUCCAAGGGCAAGAAGAUCUUGAUUUACGGCGGCACAUCUAGCUUUGGCAGCUUCGCGACACAAUAUGUGGCUCAGUCCGGAUACGACGCCGUUACCACCACAUCCCCUCAGCACAAGGACCUCGUAGCCAAGUUGGGUGCUGUUCACGUCGUUGAUCACACUCAAUCCCACGAUGCUGUUGUCAAAGAAUUGGUCGCUCAAGGACCUUACGAAUAUGUUGUGGACUCUAUCUCAUUGAAGCCCACAUUCGCCAUCACUACUGCAGUCCUGGCUGCUCAGGGCGGAGGCAAGGUAUAUGCAUUGUUGCCUCCCACUGAUCCGGAUAGUGUCCCGAAAGACGUAGCCAUCAGCUUUGGGUCUUGGUCGGCACCGCUUGCGGAAGAGAAGAAUGCCGAGCUAUUGAAGUGGUCGUUUGAGACCUACUUCACUGAGGCCAUCGCCGCAAACAAGAUUGUUGGCUUGCCAUCUCAAAAGAUUGAUGGCGGAUUAGAUGGACUGAAUAAGGCCGUGGACGUGUUGUUCAAGGGAGUAAGUGGAUUGAAGGUUGUUGUGGAGCCAUGA